AUGCAUUGGGCAACCUUUAUUGUAUGCCUUGGAGCUCUGGUUCUUGCUUCCGUCGAAAGCCUGAGCAGUGACUCUCCAGAAGUUGGAGAAAAUUUACCUGAGAAGUAAGUCAGAGUUAUUUUUCAUGGGUGUAUUGCUUUAUUUGUGAAAAGACGCGCAGGCGUAUCGAAAGAUCUUUUCUAUUAGGAAAAGUUUUAAAUGCAUUGCAAAAAUAAGAAAAAAAAGAACCGAACUAAAAAACUUCUCAUAUGUCCAUUAUUUUUGAGAGAUCUCAUCUAACUUAUAGGCUGGUGGAUUUUUUGCUAUCCGAAAAAGAAGGAAGCAAUGAGAGCGACGGGAGUCAUCACAAGAAGAGCCACAGCCACCACGGCGUCAAAGUCGCCAGUUUCAAACUCGACUACGUCAAAGAACCGCUUGUCCUCACUCUGUUUUUUAUUGUCAUCGGAAUCUUCAAAUUGUGUCAGUCAAAGUUUUCAGUGCUCGUAAAAGUUAGAUCUUUGAAUUGAAACCGUUCUGCGAAAAUCCAAACAUGAGAAUUUCUGUAGAAAAACUUUUUACUUGUUCUUUCGCUUUUUUGCACAGUUCUUCUGGUUUCUUCUCAGUAGCUAAUAGCGUUAAAAAUAUGACUUUUUUUACAACAUUUCACUUCAAAACUACUUUUUUUACAAACAUUAUAACCAGUUCCGAAGUUCUUAGUUCAGAAAAAUUUUUUUACUGUGUCUUCUCCUGGCAAAAAAAACUUUCUUACCGAUAAAUCGGAAAUAUAAUAUUGUUCCCAGAUGACUUACCAGGGAACGUUUUUUACCCCCCGGUUGAACUUUUGCUGAAACUUUGCUGAGGUGUACUUUAAAACCUCCUGAUUCCAGAACAGAAAGAAUAUUUCUCGCAAUUGAUCUUGUUUCCGAGUUAUGGAGCUUCAAUGUGUGCAAAAUACGCAAAUCAGGCCAAAAAAGCGCUAUUUCGGGCUUUUGAAGUGUCCUAACUCGAAAACGAGAUCUAUUGCGAGAAAUUUUCUUUCUGUUCUGGAGUAAGGGGGUCCUAAAGUACACUUCAGCAAAGUUUCAGCAAAAAUUCAACCGGGGGAUUAAAAACGUUCCCUAGUUAGUUUUCAGGCUACCAUCAUACCAAAUAUAUUCGAAAGUUUCUUCCCGAAUCAUGCUGUCUGAUUAUUGUUGGAAUAAUAAUCGGUCUUGUCUUCAUGUAAGUUUUUAAAUUGUUUCUUUGUCUGUAAUCCUUUCGUAUUUUUCAGAGGAGACAAAACUCACGAAUCAGUGAAAUUCCUAGAGUUCAACUCGAAAACCUUUUUCUUCUUUCUCCUUCCGCCGAUUAUUCUAGAGUCCGCGUAUUCACUCAAAGAUCGAGCUUUCAUCGAGAAUUUUGGUACAAUUGUUCUCUACGCUGUUGUUGUAAGAAGGGUUCCAUCACAAAAACCGAGAAAGUUUGCUUGAAGGGAACUGUUCUCAAUAUUGCACUCAUCGGCGGUGCUCUUCUGUUUUUAGUUUACAUCGGCCUCAUGGAUGUUAAUUUUGGUUUCUCCGCUUUGGACAUUUUCAUUUUCGCAUCCUUGAUUGCAGCUGUUGACCCAGUAGCAGUGAGUUUGAAAUUUCGUCUUGUGUAAAAAUUGGAAUCGUUUUUUCAGGUAUUGGCGGUGUUCCAAGAAGUCGGAGUGAACAAAAUGCUCUAUUUCAUGGUUUUUGGUGAAUCGUUGUUGAACGACGCCGUCACUAUCGUUUGCUACAAUUUGGCUAUUGAAUUCAAAGAGCUGCCAAGUUUUGACUUCUAUGAUGUGAGAAAUUCGGAAAAUUUGGAAGCCACGUGAGCAUAUUUGCAGUGUUUCAUGGGUUUCCUGGCGUUCUUGUGUGUGUCUCUAGGAGGUCUUGCAAUCGGUUUGUUCUGCGGUAUUUUAUCGUCGAUCAUUACCCGGUUUACGAAAGAUGUUCGUGGUAAGUACAAAAAUUAAAAAUGUUAGCAAUUGGUCUUAUCUUACCGGAACUCACUUCAAAUGGAAAAAAAAUAGACGUUUUGCAGUUGUUGAGCCAGUGAUCCUGUUUGGAAUGGCUUACCUUGCCUACAUCGCCAGCGAACUUUUUCAUUUUUCGGGAAUCAUAGGGUAACAUACCGUACUUUAAAAGCAUAGGGGCAGAAAAAAAACCGGGUUUCAGAAGAAAGAAGUAUCUUAUAGAACUUUUCAUUGCAAUUCGAACUAUUUACUCCAAAAAUCAUAGAUAUGACUACUCUUGGAGAUAAAAGCAACUUUAUUCCUUUGUCUUUGGUUAUACUUUGGAUCAGUGUACAACAGUGUUCACAGUAGUCGUACCCGCGAGGUUGCGGACGGGUCAGUACACUCGCCUUUUGCGAGAAAUAACUGAUUAUAAGCUUCAAAUCAGAACUUUCUUCACUGAAAAACCAUUUACGCAAACAAAUCACGCACUUAAAAUAAAGGAAACCCAAAAUAUUGAUAUCCUAAUCAAAAGCUGUAUAAAAUUGUCAUUUUUCACUUAAGAAGCGUUUUAAGAUCCAAGGUGACAACAUAAAAAAUUGAAAAAUAAACAAAGAAAAAAACGGAAAUCCGAAAAAUGGCGAUACGUGUUGUCCAUAGGGCAACUUUACUGCAAAGCGUCCUUCGGCGGGAAGUCAAAAAUUAUUCUAUCUGAUUUCAAAUGAAUUUUUCUUUCAAAUAGGAGCUUCUGUACAUUUUCAAUUAUUCCAUUUUAUUUGCAAUGAAAAGAUCUACGAAAUACUUCUUUCACUUGAAAUCCUAUUUUUCACUACCCUUUGCCUUUAAAAUUUUCCGGUCAGUUUUCUAAAGAUUUUUUUUUUAAUUAUUCCAUUAUGGAAUAAAUUAACCUCCAGAAUUAAUUUUAACGUCUCCACGGAUGCGCUACGGGUAACAGUAAUUUCCCUAACUCUGCCUUUUACGAAUCUAUUCCUUCCCGUUUGCUCCGAUUCCCUUUCUAACCCCGGCUCAUAGUCUACUCGUUAGAUUGGACAAAUUCCGUUAUUGGUUAUUCUACUGCUCUCUUAUUCUGAACUAUUUUAAUUAUUAUUUCCUAACAGUAUGCAGUGAAUAAACCUAUUAUUAUAUUAUGAAAAAAAUGAAAUUCAACGCGUAGAUUCGAUUUCAGAUUGAUUGCAUGUGGGCUAUUCCAAACUCAUUAUGCUUGUUGCAACAUUUCAUACAAGUCAUUUGCUAGUGUCAUGUACUUCACAAAAGUUUUGAGGCAAGGAAAACUUUUUCUGUUCAAAAAAAAAAUGAUGUCAAAUUUCAGCUCGCUUUCUGAGUCUUUGAUUUUCAUCAUUCUUGGUGUCAUGCUGGUUAACGAAAGAGAAUGGUUCUGGAGCGAUUGGCAUCCGUUCUUCUCAAUUUGCUCUGUUGUACUAUGCGUCCUCAUACGAUUUGCAGGUUACGUGGUUUUUUAGAAGUAACUUCGUAAGAAAAAUCUUUAUAGUAACAUUUUUCUUGACUUAUAUUGUUAAUCAGUUCACUGGUGGCGUCAGGCACAUUUCUUUCCAAGAGCAGUUCAUUAUUGUGAGUUCAAGUUUUGCAACGUUUCUAAGGUUUUUUUAGGCUUAUGGUGGCCUCCGUGGAGCGGUUUCUUUUUCUCUUGCUUUCAUGAUUAAUGAAGAAGGAGAAGUAAAGAACACCAUUCUUUCAGCUACUUAUAUGGUCAUUUUAUUCACAGUUUUCAUACAGGUUGGACAAUUUUUACUUUAUCAGAUAUCAUUCCUUUUAGGGGGCGUCAAUCAAAGGACUUGUCGGCUACUUCAACAUCCGCCUAGCCAAGAAAGAAGAUAAUUUCCGGUUGUUCAUGGAAUUCAACAAAGGAAUGAUCAUUCACAUGACCCAAGGAAUUGAAGAUUUAUGUGGUUACAAAAACUAUAAUUGGAUCGUUAGUUGAUCAAAUUUUCGACAUGCCUAUUGAUAAUUUUAGAAUCGUAGCAGCGCUUUCUCGAAACGAUUCGUUAGACCGCUCCUCAUCAAAAACUACGACAGAAACAACAAAAGAGAAGACAAGUUGCUCGAACUCGAUAGAGCCGCAACUAUGAGGUUCAUAAACAUGAAAUUUCGGUGUUUGACAGUUUUGACUGUUUUAGGGAAGCAAUUAGAGCUAGUCCGUCCGCAAGUUCUUUCAAAAGACAAGCCACGAUAGAUGAAAUGGCAGAGUCGUGAGUCUUCGAUUUAGAAAUAGGGAAAAAAAAAGACUUUCAGUGGUCUACUGCCACACGAAAUGUUCGAAGACGAGGAGCAUCAUCAUUCGACCAAAGAAGAGCUUGAUCGUAAGACGGAACAGCUUACAAAAGACGUUGGCUCUAUUCGCCAACUGUUGAACAAUCCUUUCGAAGAUGUGAGUGUUUUUCAAACAUUCUCCCCCGGUUCGCUCACAGUGACCUAAGCUUCCAGUGUUAUUUGGACCGAAAUCUAACGCACGAAGAAGAAAAAGAGCAGAAGAGGACUGAACACGUGCGACACCUGCAAAACAAAGCGAAGGAAAUGGCAUCUGCGUAUGUUUUUUUUUGCUUUUUUCUUUUCAAUGCUGGGUAUUGCAGAAAAGCGAAAAGGUCCAUAUUCGGACGCAAAUCGACGAGAAAAACGACUCAUCAAGGACUCAUCCAAUCUGCUAUCACUUCUCUUGGCGUGCAGAGCAUGAGUAACAAUGCAAUAAGUUAGAAAAUAUUUUUCGAACUUCAUCAAUAAAAAAAUACUAUUAACUUUUGGCAAAAUUUGGGAAAAAAAAAUGAAGUUAUUGUCAAUGAGCACAGUUUUAGGGGCUAUACGGAAAAAAAAACUAGGAAGAGUUAAAAAAAAACUGAAUUUAGCGAAACAAAAUCUCCCUUGUCAUUUCAUAAUUGACACGAGUUUUCAGCCUCAAAAGCCGCAGCCAGCACACCAGAAGAAGAUCACGGUCUUCUGAUGAGAAGAAACGAUGAAGAAGAAGAUGAAGAGGACCGUAAUUUGUACACAAUCACAGAAAGUACUGAGAGUGCAGUGUGAACUUAAUCAAGUUGUCAUACAUUGUAAAUACUCCCGGGAUACCCAACAAAUUUUUUCUCAUUUUGUUUUUUUUUUUUACUUGAAUGAAUUGAUUGAUACAUGCAAAGGAGAUCAUAGAUGCAAAAAAUAGCUUCGAAAAAAUUCGAAAGUUAAAACAACCAUGAAUUGGAAUCGAAGAAAACUGUACUCGAAGAAAGUUGAAAAUAAUUAUCUUAGCAAGAGCAAAAAAAAUUAGCAUUCAAGAAGCUCUCAGAAUGUCAUUCGAGGGCGGAUAGGAAGUAUGAUGAUUGACCGUUCAUCUGCAGCAUGCCAAGUACCUUUGGAAAAGACGGCUUUGUUCCGACUCCUGCCAUUUUAAGAAGCGUGCUUCCAAACCGUCUGUUCUUUCUGCAUUAUUUCACUGGUUAUUGCACCGCUCAAACUUCAAAUAAACCCUUUUCUUGAAGGAAUCGAUGUGCACUAAGAUGUUUUUGUUGCUGACCCUUGUAUCAAUCGUCGUCAGCAUCUCCCUACCUGAAGACGACUUUAUCGAUGGUGAGAAUUUCGGUGUUAAAUAUCGGCUGAAGAUUCCGUUUGAAAAGUCAGAAACAUUCGUUUAACCAGUUAAAUUUUUCAAUAUGAAAAAAUCAGUACUUGUGAGACUUAGAAAUCAGAGAGGUUCAUCUUGUUUCUUUUCUUUUUCAUUUUCUCGGGGUUGAUCAAAUCGGAUUUGUCUCUGGUUGAACAUGGCGCAAUAUAGUAUAGUGGAAAGUGUUGGGUGUCGUUUAGCGUGCCGGACCACUUCUGACUUGCGCGAUCGGCAAUCCCGGUCGCGAAGAAAAGCUGUAAAAUCAAGUUCAGUAUCUGGAGCAAACAACUAAACAGUGGAUUUGAGAAGAUUCAAAAUCCGCGGCGAAAAAUCAUUAGACCAAUUUUUCCUGCUAUCCUGACAUUCGAAAUAUUGUCCAAUUGGCCGUUCAAUUAUUUUUCUACAAACAAACUUCACUGCUCAAGAAAAGGCUGCCACCUAUGGAAAUUUGAUCUCAUGUUUUUUUUUUCAGGUUUUCCAGCACAAAGCUUUGGUUCAACGAUAGAAAAACGACGGCUCGGCGUCCGAAUGCCUAACAUUUUGCGGUUCAAAGAGAAUGAGAUGCACCUGGAGAAGCGGAGGAUGGGCAUGCGUCUGCCGAACAUCAUCUUUCUGCGAAACGAUAAGAAAAACGGUGUCCAGUAUCCAUAAACAUUGCCCAUCUUGUCCGGUGAAUAAAUGUUAUACCAACGUCUCCACAGGCUCAUCGCCCGCUCUUUUUCCCAGCGCCUUUUACGACCAUUUCGACGACCACGCAACGAAAUUUUCGUGAAACACAUGAGAUCGAUCAAAUGCUGAUCAGCGACAGUGGAAAAAUUCCUCCUGUGGCACACGACGUUCUGUCAUUUUUGCGUUCACACGCUCCGAUUCUGUUUCAACGCGUCUUAUUGCUUAUCGAUUGUGUGCUGAGAGGGUGCUGCGCGCCGCUUUCGUCUAUCCCGAUGAGGUUCUUCAAGUUCGUCGACAAAGACGACGACUACGACAAGUCACCCGCUGAGCUCUUCGGCUUAUUGAAGGUUUCCAGUUAUAUCUCACUGAAAUUUUUUUCCCAUUAAUUAUGCAAUUUUACAAAAAAGAGAUUUUAAUUUUAUUUGAGUUAUUAUUUGAAACCUGCCAGGGCUAGCGGAUUUCGUGUUUAUGCUCUAUCAGUCAAAGUUUCAAACUUGUUAAUAUGACACUAAUUGCGCUAUGAGCAUUUCAUAAUGUCUCAUGAGAAAGAGAGAAAAGCUUAAAUAAGCUCCUUUUUUAAGUUGUGGUUUUUCGAGAGUUAGCUCAGCUAACCGAUAAAACUGCAGAGCAAGUUUCGAAUCUGGAGAUAAAAAUCCUUUGGGUCCUUAGAAAUAAGAAUAAUCUUCUACUAAGCGUCACGAGGAACCGAGAAAAUUAAAAUUUAAACUUCAUUGCAGGCAUUUUUGAUUGCGCAAGACGAAAAAAGCUAAGACCUUUCUGAUGUGGAUCAUCAAGAUUUUUGAAUACUGUUUCCACAGUAUGAUUUAAGUCAAUAAAUUGAGCGAUUUUUAAUCCGAGACCAUUCAAUCCAUUCUAGGAUUUAAAGGCCGUGACGAAAUAUUGUAUUCGAGCUCAGAGAGUUUCACUCAAAUAUGUUUGAAUCUACACUCAAAAACAAAUGAAGCUUACAAAAGCUCUGUAUUGAUAUGAUAUUUCCAUCUUUUAUUUCCAUACGCGAAAAUUUUUUUUUGCGCAAAUCGCUACAAAUAUUUUUCAGUUCGCUUUGGCAGUGACUCUUCAUGUUGACGUGACCCUUCUGUUCGUGAUGGUGGCUUGCCUUCUGACGUCUCAUCCAAUUGGAGUCUGGAGUGAGAAAAUUCAAUUCAAACUUAUGAAAUCAAUAUGAAAGCGUCGAAAUAAAACCUGGGGAUACAUUUAAUUUAAUUCAAAAUUAUCAAAAAAAAAUUGGGAAAAAAAUGAAGCUUUAGAAGUUAAAAAUGUUGUUAUGGGAACUCAUCAACAAUAAAGUAUCGUUUAAACUGAAAACUAUUCAUCUAAACAUUUUACCGCUCACCUCGAUUUUUUUUGUAACUGAAUGAAAACUGUCAGCUUACUUCUUCCGAAAUUUCUUUCGUCAAUGGUUCUUACAGAUUGGAGAAAUGAUUAUUCAGUGACUAUUGCUCAAGUCGGUGCCCUCAUCUUCCUCUCGUUCCACAUUUUUUCUGACUUCCUGGCUCUCUAUGGACUACUGACCUUGCAACUCUCCAAGUUUCUUCUACUCACUGUUUGCUGGGUUCGUUUUUCCUAGUUAAUACGAAAUGAUGAAACUUUUUAAAUUUUAGGUUUUCGCUCUGGUGGGUUUGACGGGAUUGGCAGGGGCAAUACUGUUUUCGUCUCUGAUGGGCUCGAACGGCGUUCAGGAAGCGUUUUCUCUGAUUUACCGCCAGAUAAUUUGCGUUCCUGUCGACCACCGUUUCUCAUGCGUUGUCUACGUCCCCUCUGCUCUUGCUGUUAGUCUAUUUUCACAAAAAAAACGAAAAUGAAUCAAGAAAAUAGUUAGAUAUUGAAAUGACGGAUUUCAUCAUCUGUUCAAAAACUUGGGUUAGAAAUUAUUGGAAAGAAUAAUAAAAAAAGUUUGAAGAUUUUAAUACUUUAUUAAGAUGCGUCAUUUUAAUUCAUUGCGUACUUCAGCAUCUUCAAAAAGCUGUGCACGUUUCUGAGCAGACUCAUAUAUAUAUUCAUAUAUACCCAAAAAGAAAUAUAAUAACUUCAAUCAAAAAGAGCUUUCAUUGCCGUAUGUGUUUUAUAAACUUCAAGUUCCAGCCCAUCGCUUGUGCCAUCUGCAUCGCAAUCGUCACGUUCAAGUUUAUCCAGCUCCGACUGCUGAAGACGAUUUGCAACGCACUCUUUAUUUAUCACAAGUGAGAGAUUUGAUUCUUAACAUGAUCGAAUGUAUAUAUUUCAGCAAACCGGGAUCGUCGUCGGAUAAAAGCGGCAAGUCCGAGUCGGAGUCUGACGAUGAAGAUGUAUAUAGAUCCUGCCUAUGAACAUAAAACAAUGUUGUAGGUGGUGGUGUUCGAGCGUGUGUUUGGCCGCUAUCCUGGGACAAGCUCCAUCAAGGAUGCGGCAGUCGCGUGA